CGAAGCCGUCUCAGGCUCCGUGCCGAAAAGAAACAAAAAGAAAAAAAAGAAGAAAAAUAAGGCCAUUUCUUUCUCUCCACCGCCGCCGCCUCUCUGCAACAGAAUCCUUGCGAAGUUUCCAGCGGCCUACCGGAAAAGCGAUGGGAGUUCCGGCGUUCUACAGGUGGCUGGCCGAUCGCUACCCCAAGUCGAUCGUCGACGUCGUGGAGGAGGAGCCGAGGCAGAACCAGAACGGCGUCGUCCUCCCCGUUGACGUCUCCAACCCAAACCCUAACGGCAUGGAGUUCGACAACUUGUACCUGGAUAUGAAUGGGAUUAUUCACCCCUGUUUUCAUCCCGAAGGCAAGCCUGCUCCAGCCACUUAUGAUGAUGUAUUUAAAUCAAUAUUUGAUUACAUUGAUCACCUGUUCUUGUUGGUCCGACCAAGAAAGCUUCUUUAUAUGGCAAUUGAUGGAGUUGCUCCGAGAGCUAAAAUGAAUCAGCAGCGUUCCCGGCGCUUCAGGGCAGCAAAAGAUGCUGCUGAAGCUGAAGCUGAGGAGGAAAGAUUGAAGGAGGAGUUUGAAGCUGAGGGGAGAAACCUUGCUCUUAAAGAAAAGACUGAAACAUCCGAUUCAAAUGUUAUUACUCCUGGCACCAAAUUUAUGGCAGUGCUCUCAAAAGCACUUCAAUAUUAUAUACAUUCUAGGUUGAACCACAACACUGGUUGGCAGGGUACAAAGGUGAUUCUUUCUGAUGCGAAUGUCCCUGGGGAGGGUGAACACAAGAUCAUGUCUUACAUUCGGCUACAGCGAAACCUUCAUGGAUUUAAUCCAAAUACUCGCCAUUGCCUGUAUGGCUUGGAUGCAGACUUGAUUAUGCUGUCUUUAGCUACACAUGAGGUUCACUUCUCAAUACUGAGAGAGGUUAUUACUUUUGGGCAGCAAGAAAAGUGUUUCCUUUGUGGUGAAGCUGGGCAUCUAGCUGCUGAUUGUCGUGGUAGGCAAGGCAGCCAAGAUAGCUUGAAUGGGGUGGUGGAUGGCACACCAAUUCACAAGAAAAAAUAUCAGUUCAUAAACAUCUGGGUGUUGCGAGAAUAUUUACAAUAUGACUUGGAGAUUCCCAAUCCUCCAUUUGAGCUUAACUUUGAGCGAUUAUUGGAUGACUUCGUAUUUCUAUGUUUUUUUGUUGGUAAUGACUUUCUUCCGCAUAUGCCAACCCUGGAAAUUCGUGAGGGUGCGAUUAAUCUACUGAUGAAUAUUUAUAGAAAGGAGUUUACUGCUAUGGGUGGUUAUCUUACUGAUGCGGGUGAGGUUUUGCUGGACAGAGUGGAACAUUUUAUUCAAUCAGUUGCAGUUUUUGAGGAUCAAAUUUUUCGGAAGCGGGCUCGUUUACAGCAGGCUAUGGAGAAUAAUGAAGACAUGAAACUUAAAGCAAGAAAAGAGGUAUUUGAAGAGCCAGCAGCAGUGGUUAUCGACAAGGUCAAGUUAGGGGAGCCUGGAUAUAAAGAGAGGUAUUAUGCUGAGAAAUUUGGUAUCUCUGACCCUGAAAAGAUCGAUGAAAUUAGAAAAGAGAUAGUUUUGAAGUAUGUAGAAGGUUUAUGCUGGGUCUGCCGGUACUACAACCAAGGUGUCUGCUCGUGGCAAUGGUUUUAUCCAUACCAUUAUGCUCCAUUUGCUUCUGAUCUAAAGGAUCUAGCUGACUUAGAAAUAACAUUUUUCCUUGGACAACCGUUUAAGCCCUUUGACCAGCUCAUGGGAACCCUGCCAGCUGCAAGUUCUAGUGCUCUGCCCCGGGAGUUUAGGAGAUUGAUGACUGAGCCAACAUCACCAAUCCAUGAAUUCUACCCUUCUGAUUUUGAGAUUGACAUGAAUGGCAAGCGCUUUAAGUGGCAGGGCAUUGCCAAACUGCCAUUCAUUGAUGAGAAUAAAUUGCUUGCUGAAACAAAGAAGCUGGAGACAACUUUGACGGACGAAGAGCGAGUGCGGAACAGUAUGAUGUUUGAUUUGUUAUAUGUACAUUGUUCUCAUCCUUUGGCUGGCCAAGUUAUAUCAUUGUACCAGUUUUUUCAUCAAUUACCUCCACAUCAAAGAUAUUGGCCAAUUGACACAAAUUUUAGUGAAGGAGUGAAUGGAUAUCUCUGGUUAUGUCAGAGGAAUAUGUGGACGAAUGUGGUUCUUUCCCCUGUAAGUGGAUUGCGAGAUAUCGAAAUUAACCAAAUUCUAAACACUUCUUACUUGAAUCCUCUACCCUAUAAACAUGUCCCAGAACCUCCUGCAGGCGUACGCAUGCCUGAAAAGAUUUUAGGUCCUUUGGACGUAAAACCCUUCCCUGUGUUGUGGCACGAAGAUAACGGUAGCCACCGCCAACAAAGCAGAGAACGGGCAGGGGUAUCUCGGGCAAGAUAUGGUCCUCAGUUGGGAGAAGCAGCCCAUCGUUUGGUCAAGAAUACCCUGAAUCUAAAACACAAUUACAAUCAUUCUGGAUCAUCCGAACAAACUCAAUAUAGGAAUUCUACAAGUAACCAUGUAGCCAACGGCAGGUCAAGGACAGCUGGAUCUUCUGGGUAUGGAAGGGCUCUGAUUGAGGAUCCAGCUCCCUACUAUGGAAAUUAUAAUCACCCCCGAGCUAGAAUGGGCAAUCCUAGAUCCGCACUCCCCCCGUAUGACUUGCAAGGCUACAGACAGGACUACAGGACACCGGAUAGAUACUCAUAUGAAGAGCAGCAACAGAGCGUAAGGGCUGGGAUGUCUUCUUUGACGAUGGAAGAAGGCAGAACUAGAUCACAUAUUGCGACACAUCCAAGGAUGCCGAAUCCAGGACAAAUUUCAAAUAUCCAGAACAAGUCCGUGCAGCAGGUUGGUCCACUCCCAACGCCACCUGCCAAGUGGAUAGCUAGACCACCAGGCGGAGAUGCUCGAAUAUACCAUAAGCAGCAACAGCCGUCACCAGCUGCGUCUGAUGAGAAGCAAAUGAAGCGAGUUUAUCAGAUUAAGGGCCAGGGACCACCCCAAGAAUCUGUCUGAUUCUCCCAUCGGCAGCGCCAAGAGUGAUAUUGUAUAGUCCGUGGCACUGGCAGGUCCCUCCCUAAACCUCAGGAACAUCGAUCUGGUGGAAGGAAGAUUAAGAUUAAAUCUGCACUCUGCACAAAUGGGAAUGGGACACGGCGGGUAGGGCUCUUCCAUACAAAUAUAUAAAUCAAUCAAUCAAUCAGGUGGAAAAGGAGAAAAGAAAAUCGCAGGUGAAGCGUGAAGGUGUACAGCUAGUCAGCUUACAGCAUGUCCUAACCUUCCUCUCCUUCCCAUGUUUCUGUUCUCUGUUAGAAGACACGUGAUGUAGGAUGUAGCUUCAGCUUUAGAUUUGUUGUACUGAAUAUAUGUCCUGUUCCACUUUUUUUAUUUUUCUUAGAAUGUUUGUUUACAGUUCUGUGUCGGGAAUAAUACUAUUAUGCUGACAUUUGUUUGUGUAAUUAACGAGCUGUAGCUUUUGUCAUUUUCGGCAACACUUCCAGCGAACUUUCAGCUUGAUGCUUUUUUAUGCUCUGCUUGUAUACAACCAGUAACAGAAAUAUUCAUUAUAAUAAUGGUCAUAUCAUGUGAUUUAUUUA